AUGGGUGGCUGCAAAGUUUUGGCCAGCACUGUAUUAGGAGCUCUGUACAGCCAGAGGCUCAUUUUCGUUAGCUUUUACAGCCGAGCACUCCAUCGAAGUGUUCAGACCGUUCUUGGGAUUAUGGUCGGAUCUGUCGUUACGCAUUGCUUGCUUCCUCCUCCCGCCCCUGCUGUGCAGGUAGUCGUCCAGAUGAGGACGAUCUUCGUCUUUGUUUACUGCACUCAUUUGUCUCUUUCCCUACGCACGAAAAGAGCUGAUCCUAUGCAAUGGCAGAAUCUGAUGCAAUUAGAUCGAAUAAUCCGUGCCAGUAAUGUCAGAGCUUUGGAAAUUGAAAAUUUCACAAAGCAGGCGGCAGUACGACAGAAUCAGAGAAAUAUGUUGCUUGCAUCUUCUUCAUCCGUGCUUUCACCAAUGGCUGCUCUUGCUAUGGCAAACAAUCGCUUUACUCCGCCAGACAUUUUACCAUUGGCAAGAAGUGAGGCACAUCCAGAUCUGAUGGCUAAGUUAUUGGCUGAUCGAGAAUAUCUGUUUGGGACCGCUCUUCCACCAGCUUUUCCACUUCGGGACAUACCGUCAGUACCGCCGCUUCCACCGCUACCGCCACCGCCAGUACCGCCUUCGUUGGUGCCACCGCCGCCCAUGAUUCUGCCCCGAGUGUUCCACCCAAGAAUGAGGACGAGAGGCGUCGCUGUAGUGGAAACCCCACUCUCAAUAGAUGAACCAAUUACACGCAUUUUCCCAAGGCCAAGUCAACCAACUGAGCCUGACGAAUCUCGAGAGAAAUUGCCGAUGCGCAUGAGAGCAGAUGAGUACAAAAGGAAGGAGUACCCGGAAUAUGUAACUGUAUGA